GUAAUCCCGGUUAAUUACCUGUUUUGCACCGUAGUAUAAACCGACCGGUACACUGCGCUUAGUGUCACGUAUAACACGGCUUCACAUGCCUUUUCACGUCCUUCCCCUUUUUCUCAUAUCAGAUGAAUGACAUCACCGUGGAUGACCUCGUAGUCCGCGAGUCCGUUCAGCCGGCUGUCUCAAGUUGCGCUGGUUGUCUCUGAAGUGUACCCUACCCCAAACAAUAAACAUACCUAGGCAUCUCACGCUCCAUGCAGGGACUCGCGUCUAGGCCGCGGGGAAACCUUUCGGCUCGCUCUAUUAACCAGGCCAUUAACCAGGCCCAUGGUUUCGGCAAGUGUACGAACACCCCCCCGAAGUCGGGGUUCGGGUCCUUUCCAGUUAGCGACAGUAGGUAACUAAAUGGUCGACGAAAGGAUCCGACACGAUCCACGAGAAAAUGCACCACUGUCAACACGUUUUCCUCACCUUCACCCCGCGUUCCAUAGAAUAGCCCAUCCUGCCCACGCAUACAUCGUCCACUAGACGCAAAGUCACUUUACCCAAGAAUCAUGUCACGGCCAUUCCAAAAGGUAAUCAUUGUGGGAGCCGGCCCCUCGGGUCUGCUACUGGCGCUGCUCCUUUCUAAACAUGGGAUUCCCGUGGAAAUCCUGGAAGCCUCGCACGAGCUGGAUCAGCAGCCGAGGGCCGCUAUUUAUGGCCCUCCCGCAAUCCCAGAUCUAAGGCGUGCCGGUGUGAUCGAUCAGAUCCGCGAGAAGGGCAUAAGCCCGACAUCGAUGUCCUGGCGGCGUUUCGAGGACCACAGCUGGAUCACGGGUAUGGACGCCGCCGCGCUAGCCGACUACAACGGCGAGGACCUACGCCUUGCGUGUCUAGUCCUGGGCGAGCUGGACCAGUUGAUGCUCGAUGAGUUCCUGUCUAAGUACAAUGGCAAGAUCAGUUGGAACCACAAGGUUACGGGAACGGGCCAGGACGAGAAACAAGCCUGGGUCGACGUUGAAACCCCGGAGGGUACGAAGAAAAUUUACGGCGACUACAUCAUCGGGUGUGAUGGUGCGGGAAGCCAAGUGAGGAAGUCCCUCUUCGGAGACGAGUACCCUGGUUUUACCUGGGAAAAGCAGAUCGUAGCGACGAACGUCUACUAUGACUUCUCGAAGUUUGGAUUCAGAGACUCCAAUUUCAUCCUACAUCCUGAUCAUUUCUACAUGGCGGCUAGGCUCACCGAAGAUGGGCUCUAUAGAGUAACCUAUGGUGAAUCCCCCGGCCUAACCUGGGAGCAAAUGCUCGAGCGUCAGCCGUGGAAGUACGAGAUAAUGCUGCCGGGACACCCCAAGCCAGACCAGUACAAUCUCGUCAUGAUAUCGCCGUACAAGAUGCAUCAGCGAUGCGCGCCUUCCUUCCGCGUAGGCCGGAUCCUAUUGGCGGCCGACGCGGCACAUCUGUGUAACCCGUGGGGUGGCAUGGGUAUCACAGGCGGAUUUGUAGACGUAGGCGGGCUAUACGACUGUCUAGCGGGAAUUUGGGAUGGCAAGGCGGACGAGUCGAUCCUAGACUUGUACAGCGAGAAGCGUAUUGAGAAAUGGAAGACGGUGAUCGACCCCAUUUCCCAGAGCAACUUCCGCCGCGUGUCGGACAGCGAUCCGGAUACCCUUUUAGAGCGCGAUCCCGUCAUGAAGGCGUGCAAAGACGCCGAGGACGACCUCGAGAAGCAGAAGGCCAUGUACCUGAAUUUCUUCGACAUGCGAUACGACUUUACGCAGCAUUAUAAGACAGCUUGAUGUGAGGUACAGGGAUGACGCGUCAGGGAUAUAUAUGUGUUGUGCUACCGGUGUGUCGAAUAUAUCUGCCUCUUCAUAUUAGACUUUUUAGAGUAGCUGCAUCGAAUCCUAUGUUAUAAUUAUGAGGGUUUGGACUUGUCGUAGUUCGACAGUGGCUAUUUUAACUCUUUUACAUCAUUAACGCUCACUGUGCUAAAUAUCCCUUAAGUAGCGACGCAAUUUUAGAUGACAGAAAUGCUAGAUAACACAAGAAUAUACAUAGUCUGAGACAAUAUAACACAGG